AUGUCUGCCCCCACGCCCAUCACCAACCAUACCGCCGCCACGGUCAUGUCAACAGCUCAACCCACGCACGGGACAGCUGGGCCCUGGUAUAUGUAUUGGGUCAAUCCAGCCACUAUGGCGCCCAUACAGAACCCAUUCUUGUCCUUGCACUAUUGGGACUACCACAAUGCUAAUGGCAGCAGCAAUGACAGUGGAUGCAACUUCAACGCAAUGGAUCAGGAAUCAGUAGAUGAAGACAUGGUCAACUCCCAGGCCAAGCCUUUUGAGUGCAUGCCAGCAGAGGCCUACGAGGGGAUGACUGAUGAAGAAAUCCUGGAGACCUUUGACCAGCGGCUGAAGGCAAUGGAGGAAAAGUGGACGCAGCUGAUGGCGGAAGCAAAUGAAGAUAUGACUGAAGAAGAAAUCCUGUGGAACCUUGACCAGCGGCUCACAGCAAUGGAGGAUAUGUGGUCGCAGCUCACCGCAGAUGCAGAGGAUGAAGUAACAGAUGAGGAAACCCUGCAGACCCUUGAUGAACACUUGGCAGCAAUGGAGGAGCAUUUGAUGCAAAUGAUAGCGCGAGCACAAGCUCAUAACUAG